AUGGACUCUCCGCGCGCCAUGGGCGAGGUGUUGCCCAUGUUCUACGUGGGCGAACACGAGACGAAGCGGCCGCUGCCCGUGUCGACGGAGCUCGUCCAGCACGCCCAGGAUCUGGGGUAUGACAUGCUCACCACCCCCAUCACGAAUGCCCGCUUCCACUCGCGCGUCCUGAGCCUUCUGAGCUCCUACAGCCAGGCAAUCUCCGACGCAACCCCUCAAUCGCAGCCGUGGCCGCUGAUACCUGCGCUGGAGAAUGUCGAUACGCCUUUGAUACCCAGUGAUACCAUCUCGCAGCUCCUCGCAUUCACAAGCUCUUGGAUAGAUUUAGGGUCGCCCGAUCCUGUGAUAGCAUACCUAUCGCGGCAGGUGUUUAAUCUGGAGAUUGCGUAUGCCGCAUUCUGUGGGGCCAUCACAGUAGUUGUGCCAGGGCCACGGCUGUCGCAGGGCUCAAAUGGCAUCUCUCAAUAUGCUCGAGCCAUCAAGCAGGCUCUGUCGACGGGAGCCUACAUCCAGCUUCACAUACUGAUGCCUAUGGACGGAGCCGGGGCUGCUCGCGAAGAAGAGGGCCUGGGACAUCUCGCACGCUUUGCUCGACCGGAGUAUGACCAACAAGGAGGCACUCAGACAAGGACUUUGGCCCCUUUCAGCGCAUGGGAUGCAUGGAACACGAUCCGGUCCAUCUGUAAAUACCACAACAGGCUGUCAGUGGCGCUCGAACUACCCCGUAGGCUUCCCUCAUCAGCGCUUCAGUCACGGUGGUAUUCUGAGCCAGUGCGCCUCGUGAACAUCCCCGCCACAUCUUUUCUCGUCAAUGGCCGGGGUUCAUUCGUCCUCUCCAAGGCACACCAGCUCUUCAUCUUCCGCUGCAUGCGGCUGAAGAACGCACCAUGGAUCCUUCUUACAGACAUAGGCCCAAUCCCCGGUGUAGAUGACCCAGACAUGAUCAUGUCCUUCUCCACCGGUCACCUCUCACCCGGCGUCGCAGCCGAUGCGCCCAGCCCCCGCUCUUCCAUGUCAGCCUCGCCCACUCCCGCCGAAGCCGCGCAGAUAGCGAAGAAAAUCGGGAAGAAGAGCAGCAACAAUGAUCCAACACCUCAUCUAAGCUACCUCCGGUAUCUACAACGCAAUCAGCCUCCCAAAAACCAGAUCGAAAGAUUUGGCGGCGGCUUCCAGGACUAUCUACAGAGCCCGCUGCAGCCGCUGACGGACAACCUCGAGUCGAUAACCUACGAAGUGUUUGAGAAGGAUCCGAUCAAGUACGCUUGGUAUGAGGAAGCUAUUGCUCAGGCGCUGCGAGAUUGGCAGCAUCAACAAAAGUCCACCAGCUCAGAAGAUGGCACAGUUGUCAUUGCCGUAGUAGGCUCCGGCCGCGGCCCUCUCGUCACUCGUGCCCUGAACGCAAGCGAGACCACCGGUGUCCCGGUGCGCGUCUACGCUAUCGAGAAGAAUCCCAACGCAUACGUACUUCUACUUCGCCACAACGCAGAGAGCUGGGGGGGACAGGUCACGGUUGUGAAGACCGAUAUGCGAGCCUGGAAGGGCCCUACGCUGGAAGAUGGCUCCUUUGGCAAGGUCGACAUUCUGGUCAGCGAGCUGCUCGGAAGCUUCGCGGACAACGAGCUAUCUCCUGAGUGCCUGGACGGUGUGCAGCAUGUGCUAAAUCCCGAGCAUGGUAUCUCGAUACCAGCAAGUUAUACAGCGCACUUCACGCCUCUCUCGACGCCAAAGAUUUGGGCAGAUCUCUUCCACAGGAGUACAAAUGUUGACGCGAACGCGUUUGAGAUACCUUGGGUCGUCAUGCUCUCGCAAAUCGACUAUCUCUCCACGCAACCCAACCAGCCAGAUGUCCCUAAACAGUUCUCGGACGGCACCAAGAUGAAUCACUUCAAGCUGGAACCGCCGCUAGCGCCGAUUAUCCAUACCGCAUGGGAGUUCUCGCAUCCACUACCUCCCACCGUCCUCGUUCAAUCUUCGUUACGUCGCGGGGGCUCCGCAAUUGGUGGCGGGGGCGGAUUCACUGGUGGAGACGGUGCUAAUGAACAUAACACGCGCUUUUGUAAGGUCAUCUUCCCGAUUCAGGAGCAGGGUGUGUGCCAUGGGCUGGGUGGCUAUUUUGAGACCGUCUUGUACAGCGGGUCCGAAGGUGCUGUGGAGUUAAGCACGAAUCCGGUCACUAUGGAUGAUAAGAGCAAGGAUAUGAUCUCCUGGUUCCCUAUCUUUUUCCCUUUGAAGACACCAAUCCACCUUCCAGCAAACUCUGAGAUGGAAGUCAGCAUGUGGCGACAAACAGACGACCGGAAGGUAUGGUACGAAUGGCUUGUCGAGAGCUUCGUCACGAUCAACGGUCACAGAGUGCACUUGGGCGUCUCUGAUCUGCAUUCUAGCAAGGCGAAUGGAUGCAUGAUGUAG